CUUCAUACCUGCGCUUGCAAUCGUAUUGCAAGUGACCAGAGUCGGCGCAAAGUCGCUUAAAAGUCAAUCGACGAAUCAUGGUCCAUCCAUCCACACCUCCUAUGUCCGACCGACAAAGCCAAGGCCUUUCCUCUCAUACGCAUCAAUCAACACUUACCAGCCAGGCAGCCAGCUUCACACACAAACCUGCCACAAAUGGGUGAUGCACUACGCACCAUUCGCCCGCCUCUCCUCGGCUGCUCGCUCUAUGUACACGUCUGUUUGUCUGUCUGUCUGUCUGUCGGUCUAUCUAUCGUCGGCCUCGCUGCACAUCAUGGCCGAGCCGCCCGUUGUCUGUCGGUAUCUGUGGAAGUAUGAGUGGAUGGCGCACCCCACAGAGAGGUACACGAUGGCGUAGAUGACGGCGGCGUUGGAGAAGCCCACGGACUGCACCAGGAAGCCGCCCACGAACGCCCCAAUCGCCGCACCCAAAGAUAUCGACGCGUUCUCGUACAUCGAUGCAGUGUUGCUCACCUGCACACACACAGACACAGACACAUACACAUACAGCCGGGCAGAAGUGAGAGAGACAUUGCACAGUCACACGGUACCCACAUACACACACGAACACCCGCUUCCUUGCCUGCAUUUUGUCUAGGUGUGUCUUGGUGCGGAGGGCCUUGAUGAGGAUGGGCAGGCCCGGCACGAUGCAGAGGGCCAGGCCGGCCCCCAGGCACACGAGGCUGCUGAGGAGGGACACCCAGACGCCCCGCAGGUAGACGUUGACCCGCUUGAUCCAGCUCGUGAACCCCAGGGCGUAUGUGAGCUUGUCCAGGGCGCCCAUGAGGAGCGACCAGGGACCGACCAGCAGGAAGGCCGCGAACAGCACAAAAAGCGCCGUGAGCAGGCAGGGCCACUCGUAGCCGCGGUCUGCAUGGCUGCCCACCAGCAGAGAGGACAGCAUCACACUCGUCAGCAGCACGGCGAACACCUGAAUGCACACACAUGUAUCCAUGGAGGGAGGAAUGGAGGCACACACAACGCACACACACACACACACAUGAGGGAAUGUGUGUUGUGUGCUGCGGUGUGGCUGUGCUGUCUCGUGUUCCGCUGACCAUGCCGACUUCUACGGAUUUCUGCAGGCCUAGCAUCGUAGUGAUGUGUUCGGCCAGUAGGGGCUGCACGAAGCCAAGGGCCGAGCCAGCCAUGAGCAGCGCCAUCAGCACAUACGGCACAUCCGACACCACAAAUCGACUGCUAUCGUACUCGGAAUACGCGUGGGGCAGAAAGGGCGACAGUUGCAGGGAGCCGCUCUCCUGUGCGCCGAGGAGGGCGUCAGCCUCCGAGCUCGUGUCGUCGUGAUCUUCCUGCUCGUGGCUGCUGGGGGUCGUCGCCAUCAUGCUGCUAUGAUCUAUCUCGCGCACACUGAAUGGACGCUGCACACGGCGGGCGGCCAGCGGCGAGCCGAACACCCAGUUCAUGAGCACCAGGUCGGCGAAUAUGAACGCCCCGGCGACCGUAUAGGGCAGGUACAUGCCGCCGAUGUCGUACAGGCCGCCGCCCACCACCACGCCGAAGAUGCCGCCUCCCAGGUAUGACAGCAGCCGGAUGCCGCUGGUGCGGUUCUCGUAGCCGGGCACACGCUCGAAGAUGACGGCGAAUGAGAGGACCAUGUUGAUCCCCGCACAGAGCGACAUGACGGUGCCGAAGAGAAAUAGCAGAAACAGCACCUCGAGGGGGCGGGCCGUGGCGAGAGAGCCGCUCCAGCCGACGCACACUGUGGUUAUCGAGUAGACGAGUGUUGCGAUGUAGAGCACCAUCAGGCGGCCGUGUUUGCUGGCGAGGGAGGGGGCGCUGAUGGAGCCGAUGAAUUGGCAGCAGGUGAAGGAGCUGAACAGCACUCCCGUCACCCAGGUGGGGAAGCCGAGGGCGCUCCGGAGGUGCUCGGGGACGAAUGCUGAGGGCAUCUCGAACAUCCACCCAUUCAUGGCCACGUUGAGCGCAAACUGGACCAGGUAGCAGGCGAGCACCGACAGUCGACGCCCAGUAGGGGCACGAAUGGGAAGGAGCUGCACCUGAGGGAUGCCGUCAUCCGCAUGAUCUUUGCCUUUGCCGUCCUCCUCCGAGGGAGAAUGUGAGCCAUCGCUAGCGAGGGUCGUGUGGGAGGAGGAUCUCGCCAUUAUCGUGCCAAAAAAAAGACCUCUCUC